AUGCCAUGGUUCUAUGCGAACAUUUAUAAUACUUUGAUAGCUGGGUAUUUCAUGCUGCAAAUAGAUUAUAUGCCUCGAAUUCAGCAACUUUCGAAUAUUCAAUUCGGUUUUGUUGGAUCACUUUUGUCUACUUGGUUUAUGAUGUUUGCAUAUAUUACUGCUGAUUUGGACGGGUAUUUUGUGAUUUCCCGUUGUGCCUACCACGUGUCUACUUUUACUCUUCUUUAUUCAUUUCUAAUGACAACUAGUUAUGCAUCAAAUGUCUACAUUGAUUUCCCAUCUGAAAAUCGGAAGAAAUCGAAAUUAUUCAUUGGAAUACUUCAUGUCAUUCUUGGAGGAAUAAUUGGAUAUUUAUCGACAAGGAUUACUUUCAACAUCACAAUCUGCCUGUUUCUUGUCAUUCUCUCCUUCAUGUUCUCAAUUAAUGCAUAUAAUUAUUUAACUGUAAAUUCGUAUUUAUUAUGUGAACAUCGAAUGUGGAAAUGGGAUUUCCAAGAAUCGAGAGGCAUCAUUUGCCACGUCAUCAGAAGACGACGUCAUCUCUCGAAUCCCUCGGAGAUUCUGGAUUCAACGAUUUCUUUGUCUUCUCAAAAAGGAUAUUUCCAAUAUGAAGAUGAUAUUCAAUUGGAUCAGAAAUAUUAUAACGAAUGGUUUUUGCGUUGGUGA